GUGGUCACCUGGAACGUGGGCACAGCCAUGCCUCCGAACGAUGUGACAUCCUUGCUGCACCUCAACACAGGCGAGACAAGCGAUUCGGACAUGAUUGCCAUUGGGCUGCAGGAGGUGAACUCCAAGAUCAACAAGCGCCUGAAGGAUGCCCUUUUCACAGACCAGUGGAGCGAGCUCUUCAUGGAUGUGCUGAGUACCUUCCACUUUAUCCUGGUCAGCACGGUGCGGAUGCAAGGUGUGAUCCUGCUGGUAUUUGCCAAGUACUACCACCUCCCCUUCCUGCAGGACAUAGAGACAGACUGCACGAGGACAGGGCUGGGAGGCUACUGGGGCAACAAAGGUGGGGUGAGCAUUCGCCUCUCCAUCUUCGGCCACAUGGUCUGCUUCCUGAACUGCCACCUGCCAGCGCACCUGGAGAAGGCGGAGCAGCGCAAGGAGGACUUUGCCACCAUCCUGCACAUGCAGCAGUUUGAGGGGCGUGUGGCCAGCGGCAUCCUGGAUCACGACCUCGUGUUCUGGUUUGGGGACCUCAACUUCCGCAUCGAAAGCCUUGACAUACGCUUUGUGAAAUACGCCAUCGAUGCUGGUACGACCCCUGACCUGCUCUCUUCCCCACAGCUGAACAUCGCCAAGAGCACCUGGCCUGUCCUCAGUGGCUUUCAGGAGGGACCCCUGAACUUCCCACCCACCUUCAAGUUUGAUGUGGGCACCAACCAGUACGACAGCAGUGCCAAGAAGCGAAAACCUGCCUGGACUGACCGCAUCCUCUGGAAGAUCAAAUCUCCUGGCGGUGGGCUCGGUGCAGCUGGACGUCGGCCCAGCCGAGGCGUCCUCUCGGUGAGCCAGCUCUGCUACUGCAGCCACAUGGAGUACACCAUCAGCGACCACAAGCCAGUAGCUGCUGUUUUUGCAGUGCAGUUUGCUUCCAGGCCAGACAAGCCCCCGGUUGAGAUUUAUGUUGCUGACGAGUGGAACAGGCCUGAGCAGGCAGUUGUCAGGUACAAGAUGGCCGCUGGCUUCCACCGGAGCUCCUGGGACUGGAUAGGACUCUACCGGGUGGGCUUUCGGCAUCCUAAAGACUAUGUGUCCUACGUCUGGGCCAGGAGUGACGAUGCAGAGCGCUGCCUAGAGAAGCAGCUCUGUGUCCAGGUGAUGUUCUCAGAGGAGGCGUUGCCCAAAGGGAAGGGCGAGUACAUCCUCGGCUACUACAGUAGCCCCUCCAGCAGCAUCGCUGGUGUCACUGAGCCAUUCCAGGUCAGCAGGG